GGAAGGGGUGCUCUUAUUCUGAAAAUCCUCCCGGAGUCUCUUCGUCCCUGUCAGCGGAGCCGAAGAAGUCUCAGCUAGCUUUAGCCGUUAGCCGGUAACACACACCUGGAGAGGACCCGCGGGUUAAAGUCCACACGUCACAACUGCUGUGUGAUGCUGUCAUGUCUAUGCAGGUGGCAGUACAGGAGAGGAUCGGCUCUGCUCAGGUGUUGCUCCAGCGGGCAGAGCAGCUUUGUCCGGGUGUGGAGGGUCACCAGAAGCUCUGUGGUAAACUGCGAGCCGAGCUGCGCUUCCUGCGGCGGGUGGAAGCCGGAGAGCUGCAGGUCAAAGAGUCUCACCUGCACAGCACCAACCUGACUCACCUGACAGCCAUUGUCGAGUCAGCCGAGAGUCUGGAGGACGUGGCGGCUCUGCUGCAUGUCUUCACCUACCAGGAUACCUUUGGCUGCCGCCAGACGCUAGUGGUGGACGUGGUAGCGAAUGGGGGACACACCUGGGUGAAGGCAGUGGGUAGGAAGGCGGAGGCUCUACACAACAUCUGGCAGGGGCGGGGUCAGUAUGGAGACAAGAGCAUCAUCAGUCAGGCGGAGGACUUUCUGCAAGCCAGUCGCCAGCAGCCUGUCCAUUACCGAGACCCCCACAUCGUCUUUGCCUUCUACAACGGCGUCUCCUGCCCUAUGGCGGACCGACUCAGGGACAUGGGUGUCUCCGUGCGUGGGGACAUUGUAGCUGUCAAUGCUGUGGCGGCAGAGGAAGGCAGAGAAGAAGAAGCUGAGGAGGAGGAUGGGGAGGCAGCAGAAGAAGACCAUGAAGAGGAAAUGGAGGCGUGUGAGCUGACCCGCGUGGACCGUGGCACAGUGGUGGCCAGCCUGGCGUUUCCUGUCAAGGUGCAGGUGGAGGAGUGUCAGCGGGUGAACCUGGACAUCACCACACUCAUUACCUAUGUGUCAUCACUGAGCCACGGCCGCUGUCACUUUACCUUCAGAGAGCCAGUGCUGACGGAGCAGGCCGCUCAGGAGCGCUGCCUGCAGGUGCUGCCGCAGCUCGACACCUACAUGUCAGGAAAGGAGCUGUUCGCCUGCCGCGCUGCUGUUUCUGACUUCCAGCUGAUCCUGGACACGCUGGGGGGGCCGGGCGAGAAGGAGCGUGCUGAGAAGUUGCUGGCCCGCCUUCACCUGGUGGAUGACCAGCCAUCAGAGCGAACUCUGCGUCUCACACCCAGUGCCAAGGUCAACCAGCGCUCGCUCACCAUCUUUGGGACUGGAGACUCGCUGAGAGCCGUUACCAUGACGGCAAACAGCCGAUUUGUAAGGGCGGCAGCCAAUCAGGGCGUCCGAUACAGCGUGUUCAUCCACCAACCACGUGCCCUGACGGAGGGCAAGGAGUGGAGGGCCACACCCAUCUGACACAGAGACUUCCUGUGAAGGGACUGAUUGGAGUUUGAUUUCAGUUAAAUAAUAUGAACCUGAUCAGAUGACUUAUAUUUGUGUUCAUGAAUUAAUUAUCUAUAUUCACUGAUCAAUAAAGCAUCACAGUCA